GGUGACGUGUCGCCCCUCCUUGCGGCGGGGUUCAUCUGCAUAUUCAUAAGAUAGGCGGGAUGAGGCGCGGGCGUUUAUAAGGCGCCGCCCCGCCAGGCUCGCCGUACAUUUCGCUGAAGCUUUGAAGUGUUGUGUGGACCUCGCACCGCCCGGCUAUCGGUCAGAAUGGCGUCAGAUGAGGGAAAACUCUUUGUCGGCGGGCUCAGUUUCGACACUAAUGAGCAGUCAUUGGAGCAAGUCUUCUCUAAAUACGGACAGAUUUCUGAAGUCGUGGUGGUGAAAGACAGAGAGACUCAGAGAUCCAGAGGUUUUGGCUUUGUUACUUUUGAAAAUAUCGAUGAUGCAAAAGAUGCGAUGAUGGCCAUGAACGGAAAGUCUGUAGAUGGGCGUCAGAUCCGAGUUGACCAGGCUGGGAAGUCCUCAGAGAACAGAUCCCGUGGCUACAGAGGGGGGUCCUCGGGGGGCCGGGGCUUCUUCCGCGGGGGCCGAGGCCGGGGCCGUGGCUUCUCCAGAGGAGGUGGAGACAGAGGCUAUGGCGGCAGCAGAUUUGAUUCCAGAAGUGGAGGCUAUAACGGCUCCAGAGACUACUAUAAUAGCAGGAGUCAAGGUGGCUAUGGAGACAGGAACUCAGGAGGCUCCUACAGAGACAGCUACGACAGUUACGCUACACACAACGAGUAAAAAUCCUUCCUGACUCAAGAUCGUCCUUCCAAUGGCUGUAUUUAUAAAGAUUUUUGGAGCUUCGCUGAAAUGGUUAUUGUGUAGUACAUCUACUUGUAUUUUCACUUUUGUAGUAUUAUCAGUUCUGAUCUUGUCAUACACAGCCUGGCAGCUUCUGAGACAAGACUGUCUGAUUAGACUGUCUUGGAGAAAGCUCUGCUUUCAAGUGGUUUUAAUCUUUUUUGAAAGCACUUCAGAUUUUAUUUUAUCCUCCAUGAAUGAGCCAAGGUGUUCGUUUUUGGUUGUUUUUUUUUUCAAGUUGGGGCCCCAAUUCAGUUUCUUUUGAGCUAGCAAGGACCUUGUACCAAUGUUCACUAGAAGCUGAACAAGCUGUGGACUUUUUUUCUUCCUUUUUUUUUUUUUUCAAGUGCAUUACCUUCGUCUUUUGUAACAUUCCUUUAGUGUAGCAAGGUAGGAAUGCAGCUUGGGUUCCGUUGGAAGGCAAACCACCUUGAUAUAUCUAAAGAGAAACGUGCUUGUAUGUUCAACCCGCAUAACGGUAUUUUUACUGUUGUAAUGAUGUAAAUGACCCAAAACUAGACUUGCAAACCAUAAAGAGGUUCUUGAAAAUGUUUAUUUAUAUUGUCCUUUUUUACUGGAAGAAAUAUGCAUAUUCCAUUGCUGUUGUAUUUGAAGUGGUAAAGGAUUCCUGUAUACAGUUUUCUUUGGCUUUACGAAGCCUAUUAAAAGACCGUCUGAAAUGAA